UUCAAUUUGUGGCAUAGUUACUUCAAAUAUGCAGGAAAAUGCCAACGAUUACAUAGGAAACAGAAUGUGGACACAUAUCAAGAUGCUCUGAAGAAAAGCAACAACCCUUUUGAGGAUAGCCCUUUCAACAUCAUGACCAAAGACAAAGAAUCAAUCAUCAGAAGCUUUUGCUGUGUAUACAUUGUGACCUUAAUACUUGGAGCCAUGAUCCAGUUCUCUAAUGAAAGUGAAUUUGUGGUAGACAUGUCAAAAAUGAAACUUACUCUUGUUCCAAAAGACCUGCCACCAAAAACCAAAGUCUUAGAUAUAUCUCAAAACUACAUUUCUAAGCUUUACAUCUCUGACAUUAGCUAUCUCUUGGGACUAAAAGUUUUGAAACUUUCCCAUAAUAGACUCCAGUGCCUUGAUUUUAGCAUUUUCAAGUUCAACCAGGAUUUGGAAUAUUUGGAUUUAUCUCACAAUCAGUUGCAGAAGAUGUCUUGCCAUCUUAUCGCGAGUCUCAAGCAUUUAGACCUCUCCUUCAAUGACUUUGAUGUCCUGCCCAUCUGUAAGGAAUUUGGCAACUUGACACAACUAAGUUUCUUAGGAUUAAGUGCUACAAAGUUACGGCAAUUAGAUCUGCUACCAAUUGCUCAUUUGCAUCUAAGUCACAUCCUUCUGGAUUUAGAAAAUUAUAAUGCAAAAGAAAGUGGAACAGAGAGUCUUCAAAUUCUGAAUACAGAAACACUUCACCUUGUUUUCCACCCAAAUCAGUUAUUCUCUUUCCAAGUGAACAUAUCGGUUAACAGUUUGGGGUGCUUACAACUGACUAAUGUUAAAUUGAAUAAUGACAACUGUCAAGUUUUAAUUAAAUUUCUAUCAGAACUCAUUAGAGGUCCAACUUUACUGAAUUUUACUCUCAAACAUGUGGAAACAACUUGGAAAUGCCUGGUUAGAGUUUUUCAAUUUCUUUGGCCCAAACCUAUAGAAUAUCUCAAUAUUUACAAUUUAACAAUAAUUGAAAGCAUUGAUGAAGAAGAUUUUACUUAUUCUAAAACUGCACUGAAAGCAUUGAAGAUAGAGCAUGUUAUAAACAGAGUUUUUAUUUAUUCACAGACAGUGUUAUAUACAUUUUUUUCUGAGAUGAAUAUUAUGAUGUUAACCCUAUCAGAUACACCUUUUAUACACAUGCUUUGUCCUCAGACAUCAAGCACAUUUCAGUUUUUGAACUUUACCCAGAAUGUUUUCACAGAUAGUGUUUUUCAAGAUUGUUCCAAACUAGUUAGAUUGGAAACACUUAUCUUACAAAAGAAUAAAUUAAAAAGCCUUUACAAAGUAUGUAGCAUGACUAAGAAUAUGACAUCUUUGGAAAUACUGGAUGUUAGUUGGAAUUCUUUGGACUAUAAUAGACAUGAUGGAAAUUGCACCUGGGGUGGGAGUAUAGUGGUGUUAAAUAUGUCUUCAAAUAUGCUUACUGACUCUGUUUUCACAUGUUUACCUCCUAAAGUCAGGGUACUUGAUCUUCACAAUAACAGAAUAAGGAGCAUCCCUAAACCAAUCAUGAAACUAGAAGCUUUGCAAGAACUCAAUGUUGCUUCCAAUUCUUUAGCCCACCUUCCUGACUGUGGUGCUUUUCGCAGC